CGUAGGCGGGGCUUGGAGCGGGAAUGGCGACGUUGCGGUCCCGCUUGCUGCUGCUGCCCAGCCGCGCUGCGCUGGCCGCCAGGGCCGCCCUGUCCUGGCUGGCCGUCCGCACGCUGACCGCGGUCAUCUGCGCCGUCGUCCUGCUGCGGGCCGCCGUGGUGGUGGUGAGGAAGCGGCGGAGGGCUUUCGAGUGGCGGGUGCGGGAGAGCCCGCCCGCCUGCCUCAGCGACCCGUCGCUGGGGACUCACGGCUUCGUCCGCCUCAAGGAUUCAGGGCUGCAAUUUCACUAUGUGGCAGCUGGGGAGAGGAACAAGCAGUUGAUGUUGCUGCUCCAUGGCUUUCCUGAGAUCUGGUAUUCGUGGCGUUACCAGCUGCGGGAGUUCAAAAGUAAGUACCGAGUGGUGGCUAUGGACCUGCGUGGAUACGGGGAUUCUGAUGCACCCCAAGAUCGAAGUGACUACAAGAUGGAGUAUUUGCUGGCUGAUAUCAGGGGAAUGAUUGAGGCUCUAGGACAUAGCAGCUGUAUCCUCGUUGGACAUGACUGGGGAGGAGUCUUAGCUUGGAGUUUGGCUAUUCAGAACCCAGAGUUGGUAGAGAAAUUAAUCAUCAUGAAUGCACCACAUCCAGAUGUGUUUUUUCGCUACAUGAAACGACAUCCAUCCCAGCUGCUGAAAUCCAGCUAUAUAUUCUUCUUCCAAGUACCAAAACUUCCAGAGUUUAUGAUGCAUAUGGAAGAUUUCAAGACCCUGAAGAGUGUUUAUAUGGGUAAACGAAUGGGGAUCAAAAAUAAAAAUAAUAGAUUGACUGAAGAAGAUUUGGAGGCCUACGUGUUCAGCUUUUCUCGGCCUGGAGCAAUGGUGGGUCCCUACAACUACUACAGGAACAUUUUCAGCAACCAACCAGCGAAGUGCCACAAUGUGAUGGCACCUACCCUGGUGAUUUGGGGAGACAAGGAUAUUGCCCUGGAAGUUGGCAUGACUGCGCACAUUGAACAGUACAUACAGAAUGUGUUCCAACUGAAGGUCGUGCCUGGGGCCAGCCACUGGGUCCAACAAGAUGAACCUGAUGUGGUCAACAAGCUCAUGUGGACGUUCCUGGAGGAAAAUGACAAGUAGACCUGAAUCCACACGAACGCAUGCCACACCUUUACUUGGGUGAAAUUAUAGUUAAUUUUAGAAUAUAGAAUACACAAUUUAUCAUGAAUGAAAAGAAUUUGCACAUUUGUGAGUAAAAAUAAUUUUAGAAUCUUCUAUUUGAAUGUUGUUAUAUAAUGAGCUUCAUAAUGGCACAUGGCUCCAUCCUAGGUUAUAAAACAAGAACUUGGUUAUUAUGGACCCAUGGAUCUGCAGAUGCUUAUUUAUUAAAAUAAUAAUUAGCUGUCAUGCCCACGCAUUGUUCACUCGCUGUGAUCUCAGAAUACUGUGGCUAAGUUUCCUGCCUUUUACACAACAGCCUCUCUAAUACCGAGCCUGUAAAUAACAAAUCAGGCAAAUCUAUGAUUCAAAAAAAGAAACAAAGUGCGGGAGUAACAGUGGGUGAGGCAGCAUCUCCGCAGGACAUGGGUAGGUAACGUUUCUAGUCAAGACUCUUCCCCAGACAGUAUAUCAUUUGACGGUAGGGGGGGUAGGCUAUUUGGCCACAGUAAAUUGCCCCAGGCUGUAACGGAGUGGUUGUGAAAGUGGGAUAACAGAAUUAAAUGAAGUUGUCAGCGCAGACUUGGUGGGCCAAAGGAACUGUUUCCAUGCUGUAUCUCUAAACUAAAUUAAAAUAAACUAGGAAGUUUUACCUCGAUUCUCUUGCUCACCCUCUCCCCCAUCCCAACAGCUGUAACAUCAGCAGCCUUCUUCUUUGUUCAUGUGGCGUGC